CAUUGCGUCGCCGUCGUUGUUGUCAUCGCAAGUGAGGUGCUUGCUGCUCAGAGUGCUCAGUGUUUAGUGUUCCGAGCCCAGAGACCGGAGACCAGUACCACCGCCAGAGUCGAGUUGGUCUCGAAAAAAUAGCACUUCGUAUCACUGCUUACUGGUGAAGGUUGCGCGCGGGCCACAACCACAAUCGCUCCACGGAUGACAGCAUUAGAUCGCCCCCAAAGUUCCGAAGUUCCGCCAUUCCAAAGUUCCUACUUUCCAAAGUUACCAAUUUACCAAAGUUACCAAUUUUCCCAACUUGCCCGCUUUCCCACUUUGCGCGCCACUUUUCCGGCCGCCCAGAUUGAUAGGAGAAGUGAACCAAACACCUGGACACGCCGUGCUUGUGAUAAAUUUUUGAAAACACAACAGAACUGAAAUCAAGUGAUAAAAACCAAUCUUAGAUAAAACGCUGGAGCAAAGGCAAAGAAGCGCCGUUGGUAACGCAAUUUGAUGGUCUGCAAAACUAUCUCGCCGAGUCUAACAAUGCAGCUGAAGAUGGAACAGCAGACAACGCAGCAGCAGCAGCAGCAGCAACAGCAACAAUUGCAACAGCAGCAGCAGCAGCAACAGCAGCAGGCUCUGACCAAGCAGCAGCUCCAACUGCUGGACAAGAUCAAGCUCGAGUCCAGCAACGGCGCCGAUCAGUUGGCCCAGCAGGCGGCCAACAAUCUGGACGAGCAGCAGCAGGAGCAGCAGCAACAACAGCAACAGCAACAGCAGACCGCCACAUCGGUGGGCGUGGUGGUGCAGACGGGCCAAGCGGGCGUCAGCGAACCGGAGGAGCAGUACGUGGUGGUGCCGCGCAUCCAGCGCCGCAUCCUCACCACAGCGGGAACACUUGAACUGAACGAAGCUCGUGAAUCAGAGCCGAGCACAAACGCCAGCAACGCGAGUUCAGGAUCCGCUCCGGAUAGCCACAUCGAGUACCAGCGCAGUGCGCACCAAUCUCCCGGAGCCACCCACUACGUGCAGAUGGCGCCGCGCAAUGCUGAGUUGCCGGAACAGGUGGGAGCUGCUGCCGGAGCUCCGCCGGGCACCAUCUUUGCCUAUUCCUCCGGACAGAUUAUCUGCAGCGCCGACGAUGUGGCCGCGAUCAAAAUCGAGACCAUCGAGAAGGGGGAGCCGGCGGGAGAGGCGCAACAGCAGCAGCAGCAGCAGCAACUGCAGCAGCACCAGCAGCAGCAGCAACAGCAAUGUCCCACGCCCAACGGAGUCAGCUACAGCGAGACCAUAGUAAUCAGCAGCGAGGCGGAGGCACUGCAGCAUCACCACCAGCAACAGCAACAACAGCAGCAUCAGCAGCAGCACCAGCAGCAGCACCAGCAGCAGCAGCAGCAACACCAUCAGCACCAGGCGGCAGCUGCAGCAUCGGCGGCGGCCCAGACGGUCCACAUUGCCGCCAGUUCGAAUGGCGGCACCGUGCGCUUCGUCCCGGAGGAUGGACGCUUCACCACCGCCGGACCGGAGACGAACACCUCGAAUCUGUACUACGAUGGACCCGUGGUGGAUGGCACUGUGCAUGCCAACGAGUCCAAGACGUACGCCGAUCUGGGCAACGCAUACGCCGUCUUCCCGCCCAGCUCCAGCUUCAGCAGCAAUAGCUAUGCCGCCACACUGCAGCAGGGAAACACCAUCUACAGCGUUCCGGCACCCGGGCAGUUCUUGACCAAGUCCGAGACUGGACUUAAUCAGCUGCGCCAGGCUGGACCGGCCACCUUUCAAACGAUAUCCUUCGAGGCCGGCAACGUACUAGAGCCUAUGUGGACUCAAGGCCCGCCGGAUUACCAAAGUGUUCAAUUCGGCAACUUCCAUCCGCAGGGUGUUGAGGAGUACGGCCACGGCAACAUGAGCACCACCCCCUGGCCACCCGCCAGCGGCCUAGCGCCGUACGACGCCAGUCUGGUUACCGCCUCGUCCACCUUGUCGCCGAACCACGAGCUUAAGUGUGAGAACUGCCACUCGCCGUUCAUACGGAAGGGCAGCGAGUACUUCUGCCCCAACUGCCCGUCCUUCAUGCGGAUGCCGCCCCGUAUGCCCCAGCGGCAGGCGAAGCCCAAGGCCGCCGCCGCCCCCAACAACCGGCGCAACGGGGUCACCUGCGCCAACUGCCAGACCAACUCGACGACCCUGUGGCGUCGCAACAACGAGGGCAACCCGGUCUGCAAUGCCUGCGGACUGUACUUCAAGCUGCACAACAUGAACCGACCGCUGUCCAUGAAGAAGGAGGGCAUCCAGAAGCGCAAGCGGAAGCCGAAGAACAAUGGAGGAGCACCCAUGCACCGAGCGCCGCUGCCGAGCAUGCCGCAGGGAGUCAACCUGAUGUCCAACAGCCCGCUGUAUCCCUCCCAAGUGCCGGUUAGCAUGCUGAACAGCCAGCAGAAUGCCAGUCCGGAGCUGCACGACAUGUCGACGACGGGUCCGGCGGGUGGGCAGCGGGUGGUGGCCAUUUCGCUGAAUCCGACGGCCCCGCCCACCACCGACGGAACGCUGAACAUGUCCGCCCGGCAUCACGUGACCGGCGAGAGCCAUUCUCCGUACAGUCAGCAGUCAACGCCACAGAGUCAAUCGCCGCAUCUGCCCAGCACGGUGGCGAUAAACCGUCAGAUAGUCCAGCCAGUACCCACCAUCGAGAGCAGUCGCAGUUCCAACACCGAACUGACCCCCAGCGUCAUCACGCGCACUGGUCUGCCAGAGCGAUCAUCGAAUAACUAGGCUAGCCUUGACCUAACUACGCACUAAAGUAACCUAUAGUUAACCUAACCCAAAUGUCAGAAAUUGCCAAAAUAUUUAUUUAAGCCCUAGCCGUAGUCAUCUAGCCAAGACCAAUGUCCCAGUUAGAGGAAGACUUAUCCGAGUUUCCGGGUUUGCAGUAACCAUUUUACCCGAAUGUCUUCCUCCUUUUAGUCAACUGCUUACAGCAAAUAGUUUUGAAAUGAUUUGUGCCAACCACUUAGGAUCGCUGUACUCUAUAGAGGAAUAGAGGUAGUUUAGCCCAAGACAGCACAAGCCCAUAAUGAAGCCUAAGAUUUUGUAUGUAUAAGCCUCUUUUUAAUUCUACAAAAUAAAU